UCUCUCUCUCUCUCUCUCUCUCUCUCUCUCUGCCCCAACUACCCUGCUUUAAACCCGAGCUACCAGGUGCGGCUCCGCGGCGCCGGAGGGGCGUCUGCCGCGCGGCGGGGGCGGCCGCAUUCGCGCUGGCCGGCGACGUGGUCCAACGGAGGAGGAGGAGCUGCCUCGCGUGCGUCGCAUCCGAGGAAAGGAGAGGGAAAGGAAGAAAGAAAGACGAGACAAAAGAAAGUUGAUCCUUCUACACAUGAGAGGCAUUUAAACUUUAAACUGCAAAGAUUAACUUUUCUGGAAAUUUCCUUUAUACUGUCACAAUGUCAAGAGUACCGAAAUGGAAGAUCGAAAAGACCAAAGUAAAGGUUGUAUUCCGGCUGCAAUUCCAUGCAACAAAUAUUCCAUCAAUAGGAUGGGACAAACUAUUUUUGUCCUUCAUCUCCGCUGAUACAGGAAAGGUAACUUCAAAAACAAAUAAAGCAAAUGUGAGGAAUGGAAGCUGCAAAUGGCCGGAUCCUAUCUAUGAAGCAACACGACUUCUUCAGGAUUCUCGGACUAAGACAUAUGAUGACAAGCUCUAUAAGCUAGUUGUGGCCAUGGGGACUUCACGGUCUAGUAUUCUUGGGGAGGUUGAUGUGAAUCUUGCGGAAUUCGCAGAAGCGCUGAAGCCUGCCUCAAUCACACUUCCUCUUCAUGGUUGCGACUUUGGGACACUAUUACAUGUCACAGCACAGCUUCUCACUACCAAAACUGGUUUCAGAGAAUUUGAGCAGCAAAGAGAAACUGGCACCAGAAGUUCUCAGCAGUUAUUGAACCAAAGAAGUCAUGAUCCUGCUGAAGUUGCUACAGCCUCAUCAGACAUUGGCACCUAUAAGGUUAAUGCAAGGAUUAAGCUAAAAGAAACUUCUCUGGGAUUCCCUUUGGUGGAAGAUUCUGGGGGGUCAACUGAAAACUAUGAAAACUCGUCACAUACUUCAGAUGGCAUUUUUACUGAAAAGAAUGAUCCAUAUGGUGGACAUGAAAUCAGUAGCUUUAGGAGCACAAUCUUGGGUGACCUACCACUUUGUUCUACCAGUCAAAGUCCUACACCAGAGAAAGGAGCACAUUGGGGUAAAGGCCUUUCACCACAAGGGAGCAAUGAUUGUACUCAUGGCUGGAGUCCUGAGUACCCUGCUGAUAAAGAUCUAGCUGCUGCUCAUGAGGAGAAUCACCGACUCAGAACCAGAUUGGAGGUGGCUGAGUCAGCUUUUUCUCAGCUUAAGACAGAAGCAACAUCUCUGGAGCAUGUUACCGACAAACUAGGCACUGAGACACAGGGCCUAGCCCAACAGCUUGCCGUUGAACUUAUGUCACGGAAUCAGCUCACUGCUGAAGUAUCCUUGCUAAGAACAGAAUGCUCUAAUCUGAAACAAGAGCUGGAAGAAAGAAAAUCUCCCAAACUCCCGCAGCAGAAGUCUGAUGCAGAAUGUAAGACUCUGAGUAAGUUCGGAAAUGAUGUUCUUGCAACAGAUUCAGUACAUGAUCUCCAAACUGAAUGGCUGCAAGGUUUGCUGCUUCUUGAAAGUAAACUGCAGCAAACCAGAAACAAUGCUCUCCAUGGACUACAAGCAAGUGAUCUUGAUUUUCUUCUUGCUGAUCUGGGAGCACUUCAGCGUGUCAUUGAGAGCCUCAAGCAAGGUGUUCAGCCAGGACCGAUGAAAGAAAAUCACUAUGAAGAACAUUUGGUUCCACCUUCAAAUGCUGCUCAUCUAACAAGUCCAGGAGGUGAUCAUGGCACCCUCAAGAAAAAUUCUGGUGUUAGUACAGGCACAAUGGAGGAGAAAAUGUGUGAGCUCUUGCAGAAGUUGGAGGACUCAAAAACUGAGAAGGAGAAUCUCCUGGAGAAGAUGAGCCAGAUGGAGCGUUACUAUGAAUCCUUUAUCCAUAAGCUUGAGGAGAGCCAGAAGCAAACAGCAAUAGAAUUGGAAAAUCUCAGGAAAGAACAUAACUCUUGCUUCUAUACAGUUUCUGUCCUCCAAGCUCAGAAGCAAAAAAUGCAUGAGGAAAUGAAUGAUCAGUUAAUGAGGUUUGUUGAGGACAGAACAGCUUUAGAAGCUCGAAAUAAGGACCUUGAGAUGAGGGCUGUUGCGACAGAAACUACACUCAAGAGGGUUCGAUUCAAUUAUUCAGCAGCUGUGGUGCGUCUACAGAAAGACCUUGAGUUGCUGUCAUUUCAGGUUCUCUCUAUGUAUGAGUCAAAUGAAACUCUUGCGAGGCAAUCUUUUCUAGAAGAUUACGAGAGUUUGCCUGAAGAACAUUCAGCUGUAGCAGACUUACGUGGCAAUAAAGAACAUGGACAAUACAGGCUUGAUGUCAAACAAAUUGUACCUGAAGGUCUACAUGCAGAGACAGAACCUCAAGCGUUUUUACAAGAAAAUGGCACUCCGGAUAAAAUGAAUGGCCAGAAAAAUCUUCUUCGGGCACUUAAGAUUGAAGAGCUCUGUUUGAGCUCAGAAUGUCAAAUUAGUAAUGCUGAUUCACAGGGGAACCACAUGGAAGGACCAAAAAGGGCCUCGUCCACAAGGGAAUCUGAGCUUUUAGAAAUGUUUAUUGCCAACAUCGAAUGGCAGAUAUUCUCUGAUGUGCUGCGUGAAUCUCACUAUACUGCAUUGGAUAUAAUUAAGUGCAUGCAAGGAAGGUUGCACAUGCUAGAAAAGCAGCUUCAUGACUCUAAUGAUGCUAGGCAAUCUCUAGUGUUCAAGUUGAACUCUGCACUGGACCAAGCCAAAAGUGUCAAAGAAAGUGAAGCAGGAUACAUUUUGAAGUGUGAUGAUUUGACAGUGAAGAACCAACUAUUAGAAGCAAAACUCCAUGAUAUUACAGUUGAAAAUGCUCUGUUAAUGGAAAAGCUCACAGAUUCUGAAAGGCUUGUUCAGGAACAUAGAGCUUGUGAAAGCAAGUACAAGGCAUGUGCUGAAGAAAGGAAUAGAUUCAAGAACCUUUUAAUGAAAGAAAAUCUACAAACAGAUCAGCUUAAGGAUGAGCUCAGAUCAGUAAGGGAAGAUUUUGAGGCUAUGAAAGAUGAGUUAGAUAAGCAAUCCUCCUUAAAAAAUGAUAUGCAAAUUGUUUCUACAUCCCUUCAAGAUCAACUGGGUGACCUAUGCUCUAAAACUAUAUCUUUGAACAAGAAAGUCAACAUUUCAGGCUUAGACGAGGCAUGUUUGCUACAUGAACUUCAGAACAAGAAUUACACUGCAGUGAUGACAAGCUUGGAAUUCUUCCAGCAACAAAUAUGUAAGGAGGUGCUUCAUCUUCAUCAGGAGAAGGAGGUAGUGGAAGAAAUGUGUGAUGCUCUCCAGAAAAGGUCAGAGAAGGCUGAGUUAGAAUUACUUGAUGUGAAGCAGAAGUUUGUAUAUGAUUUGGAUGCCACAAAAGAGAAGCUAAACUUUUCUGAAGAACUUGUAGAGAAGCUUCAGCAAGAACUGCAGGACAUGGCUCACAAACUUAAGAUUAGCUCUGAUUCUCAAGAAAAGUAUGCCAUUACCAAUUGUGACUUAACAUCAAAGUUGUCACAAAUGGAAGUUGAGUUACAGCACGUAGCUAGUGAGAAUGAGGUUCUUGUUGAAAAAUUGAAAGAAGUUAGUGCCACUGUAGAGGAACUCGAAAGGGCCAAAUUAAGUCUUGCCAAACGUGAGGAGUAUACCCGAACCUUGACCCAGUCUUUACAAUCUAAAGACGAGUCGUUGGUGCAUAUGGAAAGUGAAAUCAAACGUUUACAAGAUGAUUUGAGAUUCACUGAUGAGAAUUUACUAAGAGAAAAGAUACUUAAGGAAGAACUUGAAUCUGCCCUUGCAAGUCUUACAUCACAGCUUGGUGAGAAGGAUCAGGUCCUACUUUCUUUUGAUGAGCACAAAACAGAGUUAAUUCAUCUGACGGACCAAAUUUUGGGCAUGGAAAACGCAAACAGUUUGAUGCAAGAUGCGCUAUCACAGAGUGAGCAGAUCCAAAGGGACCUCAACUACAAGAAUUGCUCUCUCCACUCCCAACUUUCAAAUGUGGAAAACCAGUUAGGAACAGUUCUUGAGGCCAUGCUUUCCAGUGAAGUUGAAGCCAGUUAUAUGAGAAGUCAAGUAAGAGAGGCUGUUGUGCAACUUAAUUUGUUAAGAAAUGACCUUGAGAAACUUCAACUCAAGAACAAAGAUGCUGCUGAAUUAUUACGGGCACAGAUGUCUACUGAAGCGGAAUUAACUGAUCAGAAUGCCACACUUCAAGCAGCUAUCCAUUCUCUUGAAAUCGACCUUCGCAGUGUUAUUCAAGAGAAGGAAGGUCUUGAGGAGCUUAUGAAAGGAAAUAAGGAAGCAUUGACUCAAGUUAGUAAUAACAAGUCUCGGGAUAUAGCAGUAUUAAUCAAUAACAGUGAGAGAGUAUUGAAGUAUCAAGAUGAGAUUUCACAGCUUAGAGUCUUGGUGACAGAUCUUGAAGAGCUGGUUGAUGAUCUAAGAUCUACAAAAGAUGAGAUUGAAAUUCUAAACAUGAUUCUUAGGUCAAAAUUGAUGGAACAACAUGCUGAGAUGUCAUCAUUGCUCCAGAAUCAUGGACAUGAGUUGACAAAUUUAAAAGAACAGAACAAGGAUCUCACUCAAAAACUUGCUGAACAAAGUCUGAAGACAGAAGAAUUCAAGAAUCUGUCUAUCCAUUUGAGAGAGCUAAAAGAAAAGGCUGAAGCCGGAAGAAAGGAGAAAGAGGGAUCACUAUUUGCCAUGCAAGAUUCCCUAAGAAUUGCAUUUAUUAAGGAGCAGUAUGAAUCGAAGGUUCAAGAGCUGAAAGGUCAAGUUUUUGUCUCUAAAAAAUAUGCAGAAGAGAUGCUUCUGAAGCUGCAAAGUGCUUUGGAUGAAGUUGAAACUGGGAGAAAAAAUGAGAUUUCUCUUGCUAAGAGGAUUGAAGAGUUAUCAAUGAAAGUUUCUGAAAUGGAGGUGGAGAUGCAGGAUUUAUCAGCUGAUAAAAGAGAGUUGUCCAAUGCAUAUGACAGCAUAAUGACAGAGCUGGAAUGCACAAAAUUAAACUUAGAUUGCUGCAACGAAGAAAAGCAGAAGAUUGAAGCCGAUCUUCAGGGGUGCAGUGAGGAACGUAACAGAAUAAGGGUGGAACUUGACUUGGUUAAGAAGUUGUUGGAGAAUAUGGCAUUAACUGAGAAUAACAUAUCACAUGAUAAUUCUGGAUCACGCGCUCGAGGCACCACAUCUAUCGGGCGUAUUCUGGGAGAUGGAAAGUUCGAGUCUGCAUCAAAGGCUACACCAAAUACAACAGAAAUGGAUUCAGGAUUACAGGAAGGUGAAAUCCGGAGCAAUGAUAAUUCUGGAUCACGCACUCGAGGCGCUACAUCUACCGGGCAUAUUCUGGGAGAGGGAAAGUCUGAGUCUGCAUCAAAGGCUACACCAAAUACAACAGAAAUGGAUUCAGGAUUACAGGAAGGUGAAAUUCGGAGCAGACGUUUGGUAUCAAGUUUGUCUCAAGUAGAAUGUAUCAACUCUAUAGCAUGCAAGAACUUGGAGAAUUGCGACAAGGAAUGUGAAUCAUCAGUAGAGAAUCAUUUGAAUUGCAACAAUAACAACAAAGAUAUUUUUAAAGAGCAUAAGAAAUUAGCAUCGGACUUGAGCCUUUUCCAGGAGGAGCUGGAAAGGUUGAAAAAUGGGAAUUUAUCUCCUCUUCUUCCCCUGGACAUUAAUCUGAUUGAUCCAUCACUCAGUAGUUUGGAAAGGACGUUAUCACAACUUGAUAUGGCAAAUGAGCAUUUGCAAAGUAUUUUUCCUUCAUUUAAAGAGCUUCCUGGAUCUGGCAAUGCCUUGGAAAGAGUACUCGCCUUGGAACUCGAGCUCGCAGAAGCACUCCAAGCAAAGAAGAAAACAGACAUCCUUUUCCAGAGUUCAUUCUUGAGGCAGCACAAUGACGAAGCAGCAGUCUUCCAAAGCUUCAGGGACAUCAAUGAACUGAUACGAAACACUAUGGAGUUGAAGAGAAGGCAGGUGGCAGUAGAAAGUGAGUUAAAAGAGAUGCAGGGCAGGUACUCAGAGCUCAGUGUGCAGUUCGCCGAGGUGGAGGGAGAGAGGCAGAAGCUUGAAUUGAAUAUGAAGAACCGAACACCUAGGUAAUCAUAGGAACCAAAGAGAAAACUAAAGAAAAAAAGGUCAGCCGGUUGCAGACUUUGUAGAAAUCUUCUGCGAUGGCAAUCGAAUACAUUUUGUAAUGUAAAUAUCAGUAGAAUCUCAGCAUCUGUAUCAAUUGUAGUUUGUAGAGUUGUAUGUGAUAUACAUAAAUGUAACACCUUGUACAAGCCCCUUCAGCUCAGCAACAAUCUUGUUAACUAAUUGUUUUGUGCCAACAACCAGCAGCCUUUCAAGAGCGUAUUCACAUC